AUGGUGAAGCUGGGGAGUAAUUUAAACGACAAGAACAACAAACAACCAUCCAACGAAGAUGGUUUUCAGACAGUUCCUUUGAUCACACCUUUGGAAGUAAAUCACCUGCAGUUCCCAGCUCCGGAAAAGGUAAUUGUGAAAACAAGAACAGAGUAUCAGCCUGACCAGAAGAACAAAGGAAAACUCAGAGUGCCCAAAAUUGCUGAAUUCACAGUCACUAUUCUCAUAAGCCUGGCUCUUGCCUUCCUUGCCUGCAUAGUGUUUCUUGUGGUAUACAAAGCCUUUACUUACGACCACAGUUGCCCAGAUGGAUUUGUUUAUAAGCACAAGCGGUGCAUCCCGGCCUCGCUGGAUGCGUACUACUCCGCACAGGAUUCCAACUCCCGGGGCAGGUUCUACACCGUCAUCAGCCACUACAGCAUGGCCAAGCAGACCAGCUCCCGGGCCGUAUCGCCCUGGCUGUCUUCAGGAUCGGUAAACCACGAAGCCAAGGCUGCCAAGACAGAAGGUCAUUAAAGUUAACAAACGGUGAUGGGCAAAGUGGGAGGGUGAGGGAACACCAUGUCUAUACUGCAUUGCUCUAGCUGAGGGUGCUGUGCUGACAGCACAACAGGAAUAAAUAAAACCCAAGUGCAGGAGUCAUCUUAAUGGAUAUUUCUUUUCGUGCAUUGUUCUCGUUGAUUUGUAACUGAGUCCAGCUCUUGUACAAAGGCAUGUUUGAUGUUGACUGUACCUUACAAUGUACAAAUAUUUUUAAAUCAUUGCUUAACUAUUUGUUAGAAAAAGAAAUUAAAAAACAAAAAAAGCAAAUUAGAUAAACAGCCAGAGAGGAUAAAAACAGCAAAUAGAAUCCCGCAAAGUUUUAUCAUUGCUGGAAAGCUGUGACAUGGCUUUGCAUGUGAAGGAACAGCUGAAAUCCUUUUGAGAGAGAGGGUAGAGAGAACCAGUUGCAAAGACUUUGUGAUGUUGCUCAGCUUGCCGAAGGGGGGGUGUGUUGCUGUCAAAUUGAAUCCAGCAUCAGUGUUCAUUUCCUGA